UGUUCAUCUGCAUGUGAUCAUCAUCAUAUAUACAAAAAUUAAAAUCGAAUUCUUGGAGGAAUCUUCGCACGCACCCUUCAAUUAUUAAUCCGAUUAUUAUUUUGGGGGUUGAUUGAUUAUUCUUCGCUGUCCCUUCUUCCUACACCCCCCUUUUUAUAUAUCUCCAUCCCUCUCAGUACAUCUUCACUGCCCAGAAAACAAACCAACAUACUCUCUCUGCUUUUCUGUGCUCCCGUGCUCUGUUUUUCCGUCGAACAGGAUCGUAUACGACGAUGAAGAUGGGUUUCGGUUCGGUUCAGGCUGUGCUGGUCCUGGCCCUCUUGGCCACUUCGUGCUUCGCUCAGUCCCCGGCGCCAUCCCCUGCCGGGUCGACUCCUCCUCCUGCUCCGACCCCCGCCCCUGUCUCCACUCCUCCGGCUCCUACUCCCGCUCCAUCCGCCGCACCGGUACCUUCUCCCCAAACCCCUCCUUCCCCUGCUCCAACCCCGACUACCACGCCGACCCCAUCCCCGGCCCCGUCCUCUGAGACUCCGGCUGCUUCUCCCGGACCCGGCAUUGCCUCCCCGCCGGCACCCCCCUCUGCUCCCACCCCAGCAGGCUCUGAAGCUCCUACCGUCCCUCCCACCCCAUCGGACAACUUCGCUGCCACCACUGCCGCUAGCGCCGCCACCGCCUUUGCCGGCGUAGUCUUCGCCUUGGCUUUCGCGGCCUAGAUUCACUGUUUCCGCGGACGGUUAUGAUAUAUUAUUGUUUGUCGAAUAGUUCCAUUUCUUCUCAUUUAUUUGCGUUUUCACACUUUAUUUAUUUUCCAUAUGUGAUUUUUGUAUCUUUGGGUUUUUCUCUUUUUAUUGCUUUGUAUUUUUGACCAUUUUGAUUAUUUGGUGAUUCAUUGUAUCGUGUCCUCACCUUGUGUAGAUGAGUUCCCUUAUGUACAUCGAAAUAGUAGACUAAUAAAAUACCUUAUAUUCUUUA